GUGGAGGAGCCAAGCCCUGGGUGGCUGUGAGGGAUGGAUUCUGUUUUGUCUCCAGCAAGCCUUAAUGGUGCCCCAACAAGUCAGGAAGGAAUUGUGGGCACACGAGGCGUGGCCUUAGCGGAUUCAUGGAUCCUUGAAACAGGAUAAAUGAUAAGAAUAUCUGGAGGCUGCGGAGCAAGUGUGAGCGAGCCGAAUGGCCAGCCAGCCCUAGUUAGAUUGCCAAGAGAAGGGCCCUGCCCUCGGGGAGCCUCCGUCCUGUGGGAGAGAGAACAUGUGACUGGCCAGAGGUGAACCAGACUCAGGGACUGAGAAGAGGGAACAUUUCAGGCGGGGCACAGCUGGUGCAAAGGCAUGGAGAUGGGAGAUGGAGCUGCGGGCAGGUUGGUGCAGGUGGAUCCCAGACGGUGGGGAGGGGAGGGGCCAGCUUGUAGAAAGCCCGACAUGCCAAGCUGGGUAUGGAGGCCAGACUGAGGAGAUAAUAGGGAGCCAUUGCAGUUCAUGGAGCAGGACUCUGUCAGUGCGAUGUGUGGAGGUGGGCCAGAGGGAUAGCAGCAGGAAGUGCUUUAUUAGCAGCGUCUUGCUCCGUCCUCACUUAUCAUGCCCGUUUUCGGAGGCUCGGACAGGGGACGGGCCUGGUAGCCGGAAUUUGAGCUCGUCCUCCUGCCCUCGGCAGGGGGCAGUUGUGUGCCGGGAGGGACGGGGGGUGGAUUUGGCCCCCUGGGCUGGCGCCCUUCCCAGUGACCGAGCAGAAGGUUCGGGGCAAAGGACGGGAUUCCCGGCCUGCUGGGUGCGAGAUGGGGCUGCGGCAGGGCUGAUAACGGUCGGGGCGCCGCCGAGGAUCCUGGGAGAGACAGCGGGGCGGAGCUGCAAGAGGGCGUCCUUCCGGCUGGUGUAGACUAGAGCCGCUGAGGGCUGCCUCCAGGCUCAACAUGCUCCGCUGCUAGUUAGCCCAGCCAAGAGAGGGGUCCGCUCUCCUCGCCGUGUGACCCUGGCCGAGUCACUGAACUCCGCAGCCAGACCCUCCUGCUGCUCUUCUGCCGCCGAUUCCAAAGACACGACCAGCAAACCCCGAUCCGUGCUUUAAGCCAUGAGGUGCUGCCUGUGGAGCAGCAGAACGGAGGGGGGAGCAGCCUGGGCGGAGGCGAGCAAAGACUGGGGAGACCCGCGUGGCGGGAGAUGAUGAGGGGGACCCCUGGGGGGGGCAGGAGCGGCGCCCUGCAGGGCGCCUCCUCGGAGUCUGCAGCCUCGUCCGUCGGCCAGGCACCUUUUUCAUUCCCGCUUUAUAGCCCAGGAACGUGUGGCUCAGGUCAAGCACGAGCGGCCCCCGAGCGGCCAGGGACAGCCGGGCACCCCCAGCGCCUGCCCCGGGUCCUUCCGUGCUGGCAGGGAGGCCCCUGAGGAGAAACGGGAGCUGGGGAAGGCCCGAAAGGCGCACUGAGAGCCGCAGUGUCGGCUUCUGGAGAGGGCAGAGGCUGGGGCUGCUGGGGGGGCAGCUCCGGCCUCAGCCACGCCUCCCUGCGGGCAGCCACACCCUCGGGGCUGGAGAUGAUGGCUUGAGAGUCCGGCGUCAGGGGAAGCUGAAGCGCAAGACCCGCUCCCUGAGCCCGGGGGAGGGAUCCUGGACCGUCCGGGAGCCGCUUUUCUGGCCACGGUUCUAAGUCAGAAGUGACGCCGUUCCACCUCCUGGCACGUGGACGUAGCCCGUGGAGGGGGCUCCCGGCAUCUUUGCGCUUCCCCCACGCCUGGGCCUCUUGCCCUGCCGCAGAGAGGCUGCUUUCCGCUCCACAGGCCCCUCCUCGCAGGCAGAGGAGCCUGGAGCUUCCCCUGAGGGGAAGGCCCAAGACUUGGAGGCAGAACGGCCUGGGCCCGGGCGUUGGUGAAGGCCCAGAGUGGCCCGAGAGGCUUCCAGCUCGGGAGCCGAAGAGCCUUGGCUUGGAUCUAGUCAGCACGGAGGUUUGGAGUUGCCCCGCCCCCUCUCUGCUGGCCGGCUGGAUUGGUGAGUCGGGGCUUCCUUAGGAACCAGCUGACCCGACUCCGCUGCGUGGCCUGGGAAGUCUCGCCGGCCAGGCCGCUGCCAUUCACCCACUGGGCUUUUAUGGCUGAGGUUUGGCGGUCUAGAACAUCGGGCCUGGAGUCAGGAAGACCCGAGUUCAAAUCUGCCUUCAGACACGUCUUCGCAGUGGGAUCUUGGGUACGUCACUUUACUUCUGAUUGCCUACCAGAGCAGCCACUGCAGCAUCCUUGCAAGGAAGCCCUCUGGUGAGCUGCGGUCCGCGGGCUCACGGGGAGUCGGGCACGACUGGGCGAUGACAAGAACCUGCCCCCGGCGGGGUGCUCCAACGUGAUUUCAGCAGCACUCGGGUUUGCUCUCGGGCUGUUGGAGGUGCCCCCCUCCCCCACGCCAGUGACCGAGUUUUCUAGUCUGGGGAAACCCCCCCAAUACGCUGAACCUGGGCUCGAACUCCGGAGCCCGCCGCUCGGGGGCUGCCGCCCCGCUCUGUACGGGGGUCCGAGGAGCCGCCCAUGUGGCUGGCUUUUAUGGCCAUUGACAGAUAAAGCAUUCCUUAGAGGCGUGCUGGGGAUUCAGAAGCCAGGAAGCCCGGCAGUCUCCUGCCCUUCAUGGGAAAAGGCUGGGGUGUGGGGGGGCGGGGAGGUCGGAGGUGGCGGCCAGGCUGGGGUGACUGAGAACAUAGCAGGGCUGAAGGACGCCGGAGAGUUGGGAUUCUUUGUGGGGAGAAGCCGAGGCGACAGCCCGGCAGAGAGGGCUCAGGCCCACUUCUUAGAGUGGAGGGAUCCGUUUGGUGGGGAAAUCGAGUGGUUCAAACCCCCCCACCCCACCCCUUUGGUCGGGGGCAAGGCUGGGGUAGAUCUGCAUGGAUUGGCCUUAAAGAAGGUUGCCCAGAAAGCAGGCGCUUUAGGAAGGUUUCCAAGGCAACACUAGCUCUUUGUGACUUCACCGAGGCUGGAGGAGGCCUAGACCAGAGCAGCCGAAGCCCUUUAUGCAAUCCCAGGUCGGAGACUUUUGUGCUUCCUCCCGUGGGAUUUCAGAUGAAAAAGAGGCUCUUUGGAGCUGAAGCCUGGAGGAAGGAGGGAAAGCCGCUAGAGAGGCCUGGAGCAGGGAGCUGGCAAACCUGGGACGGGGCUGGGCUGGGGGGCGCUCAGCCACCAUCGCUGGCAUUGCCGCAGCACCUUCCAUGAGCAUUUGGCUCAUCUGAAUCCCAAAGCAGUGUAAGGGUUAUUCAUAGGGAGAGAGUCAGGCCCACUCACGGGUGGUCACAGAGUUGGGCCAGCAUCACAGGGGCUCCUCCAGUUGCCUCCUUCCAUUCCCUCCAACCCUCUUAGAAAGCAGUUAGGAAGCGCUCUCUGUGCUGGGCCUUCAAACGCUUCCACCCCUCUGUGGUCCCAGCCGUGCAGGGGUGCCCAAGGCCUUCCCCGGAUCCUUUAAUAGUCGGAGAUCCCAGGGUGCACUUGGGCCGGCCCUCUGCUCCCCUGAGCUCGGCGAUUGGCCCUCCUUCUGAAAAAGAGAUUUGAUGUGACUAAUUACAUGGCCUCGUUUCCACACACGUUUUCUGAAGUGACAGAUCCUGGCUCCCUGCCUGCCCUCCCCCUCCCGGAGCUGUCAUUCCCAGGAGGAGAUGGAGGAGCUGAGGGACCGGACGGUGGAGGAGCUGGAGAAGCUGCAGGAUGACCCAGAGGAGCUGGCGCGGCUGGUCCUGGAGUCGCCGCAGGUGCAGGACCUGCAGCUCGAGCGCGAGAUGGCGCUCGCCACCAACCGCAGCCUGGCCGAGCAGAACCUGCAGUUCCAGGCACCCCUUGAGCUCCGCCGCUCCGACCUCUUGGACAAGUACCAGGAGCUGCAGAGGCUGCUGGAGAGGUGCCGGGAGCAGAAGGCCAAGCUGGAGGAAUUCUCCGCCGCGCUGGAGCCGGGGGCCUUGCUGGGCCUCCUGCAGGUGGAGGGCAUGAAGAUCGAGGAGGAGUCCGAGGCCGUGGCGGAGAAGUUCCUGGAGGGGGAGGUGCCCUUGGAGACUUUCCUGGAGAGCUUCGCCUCCAUGAGGACGUUGUCCCACCUGCGCCGAAUUCGAGUGGAGAAGCUCCAGGACUUGGUGCGGAAGCCCAAGCCUUGCAAAGAGUCUGCCAGGACGGCCCUUCCAGCCUACCCGGCGAUCGAGACAACCACCGCUGUGGCCGAUGCCCCGCCUGCCCCUCCUGCCCCGCCUUCAGCAGCCCCCCCGUGCCCCCUCCCCUACAGCCCCUCCCCCAGCUUGCCAGUCGGCCCCACGGCCCAGGGGCCCCUCCAGCCGUCGCCCUUCCCCGUGACCUCCCAGCCUUUCUACUUCCAGGGGCCUUCGGGCUCCAACUACCCACCAGGCCCUCCUGGCGGGGCUGCCCCGCGGCGGCCCUGGUCCCCGGCGCACUCCUCCUCUGGCCCGGGGUAUCUUCCCUCUCCGCCCGCGAGCUCCUCUUCUGGCCCAGGGUACCCCCCGGCCCGGGGCCCGGCUCCCAGCCCAGGCUACCCGCAGCAGCCCUAUUUCCCAGCAGGAGGAAGAGCGCCCUACCCGACCCAGGCGCCUCCCUACCCAACCCAGGCCCAGAUGCCCAGUUUCCCAAGGCAGCCCAGACCCCUGGGUCCGCCCCAGCCGCCCUACCCGACGGGCCCCGCGCUUCCCUAUGGGUUUUCCACCCCCCAGGGGCCCAUGUGGCCCGGCUAUUAGACCCGACUGUCACCCGCUGCCUCCCCUCCCCUCCCCUCCAGCUGUGCCAGGCACUGCUCUGUCAUUGCUGCUUCCCAAAGUUGGGUUAGAGCCGGGCCACUGAUGGACAGGCCAGUGUGGCCCUCGGGGCGUCUCCGGAGCCCAGGGCUCUGCCCGCCAUGGGAAGCUCAGUCAACACUACGAGUUCCAAGUGGCGCCACCUCCUGUCCCUGCUGCUGCACCCACAUUUACACUGGCCAAGGGGCAGGAGGGGGCCGGCUGGCUGCUCUCCAGGGCCCUUGGGCUGCCUGGGGGGCACUUAGUACUCCACAAAGCUUUCCUUCCUAGUGACCCGUGAUCAAACUCUAGUAGAAGUCAGAUAAGCUGCAGAGCGAGAGGCGGCGUGGGCAUGGGGGGCUGCACCUUCGAGGGGGAGGACCAGAUGUUGGGAGACGUCAGGGCAGACGUCGGCAGGAGCAGACGGUGACCAUCUUUCCUCCCAGGGUGGCUCCGCUCCCCGUCAAGUUCCUUCCCAGCCUGCACUUUGUCCUUCAGUGCCUUUGAUCUCGAAGCUCUUUCCCCCGUCACGCUCCUUCCUUCUCCCCAUUUCUUAGCAAAGCUCAUUUGGAGAGAAAUCUCGGGAGUCGUUUCCCCCACCCCACCAUAACCUGGGCUAUCCCACCUAGGUAGGCCCCUACCGAGGACCUCAGCUCCAGGACCAGACGCCCUCGUUUGUGGUGCUGGUGGCACACCUUGGGUGUGGGGGGGUGCCAGAUCCCCAUGAGUAAGACGGACGGAUGGAUGGACAGACGGAUCAUUGAAUUUCUGAAAUGAAUUUUUCUGAAUUCGAAGAAAAAAAUUCUGAAAUGAAUUCCACCCCCCCCCCCCCCCCCCCCCGCCUGGACCCCGGAGCUGCUAUCGAUUAGAAAGCUGAAUGUACCUUGGACUGUCCAAAGCGGAAUUGCUAACGCCUUGGCAGCCCUGCAUGGAGGGAGAGGUGUCGGUUUGGAUUCUGGUGCUCAGCCAUCGCCCUGACCCAAGCCCAAGCCCAGUGGGAACAAAGGCUUGGUCACGCCAGAGGAAGUUUUCUCAACAUGUUGCCAAAUUUUGUUUGCUUUCCUAGAAGUGAUUUAUAAAGAGAAAUGGCCACAAUGGGCUCUGUUGGCUUGGAUGCUUCAGAUGGGAGGGGGAUGCCCCCAUCUAUGAUUAAUCAGCAUAAUAAAACCAGGUGUACAUGCA